AUGGCCAUCACCGAAACAAUCAAGCAUGCCGUCGGCCUCGAAGCUGGUCCUUCGACCAGUACGUCUCCCCCUCGAUCGCUACUCUCAAUGCCUCCUGCGACCGUCCAAUUCAGUCCACGCGCAAACACCCACAUCUUGCAACCCGCUCUGCACCCUCGCUCGUCAAUUGGAAUGCUCGAAUCAUGA